AUGACCGAGUUGACGGAGCUCAAUGCGCAGCGAGCAAACCUGACCGCUUGGGCCGACGAGCUCGCUGUGCGGGAGGCGAGCGCGACCACCGGCCGCGUCGACCUCGAGUCUUGGCGCGAGGGGUGGGUCAAGAGGCGACAGGUCGAGCGUGCUGGCCUUCCUACCCCCACUCCUGGAGCAGACGGCGAGAUCGACGUGCCCGAGUCGGCACCAGAGGUCGACGGCUCGGACGUGUGGCCCGUGUGGUGGGGCAAUGUCGACGAGGUGGGACCGUCACCCUUUGACAACUUGCCACCUCCCCUGCGCGGGGCAAAGCGCCGCGUCCUCUUUCUCACAGACUACACCGACUACCUGGAACGCAUGAACACGCACACAUACGAGAUUGUCGAUGCCGCCCUCCGCCAUCCGCAUCUCAUCGUCGACGUCUGGGGCCCAGGAUGGGCAGGAUACGACUGGGACGUCCCACUUUCCGUCAACAUCAACCGUCGUGCAAACCGUGUUGCUGCCAUCGAGGCGGGCCGUGCGCACCAUGCUGCCAACGAGGCGCGUGAACGCCAAGCCUCUACCCACGCGUUGGCCGGCAGGAUCGACAUCGGUGGCCUGCUUGGAGAUAACGCCGACCAGACGCCGUACCACGCUCCCUCGUGGGACUCGUUCGACGACCAGUGCAACCCCGAUGUCGCCUUUGACUUUGCGUGGACCAUGAGCGACAUUUACAAAGCCAAGGACAUGCCGCAUGUCGAUGGUCUCGACUGCGGUACCCUCCUCGUCCAGCAGCUUGGUGACUGCCACGAACACCGCUGCAUGAAGGAGUGGUACCAGCAAUCCAACAACAUCACUGUCACAAAGUACGCGUUCGAGCUGAACGAAAUCUUCAACUAUGACAACAUCAGGACCAAGUUCCCCGACUUCCAGAUGCACCUGUUUGGCCACUCGCCCGACACUGGCAAUCCGUGGGACUUUUACCCCCUGCCAUGGAGCGAGAAGACGAGGGAGGCAGCCGUCUUUGGCUUUGAUGGUGGCUUCUACCCCCUGCGCACGACGGUCACCGAGCACCUGCGCAAGCUCGAAAAGGACUCGUCCCUUCCAGCCUCGCCUAUCAGCCGCCACCCUCACCCGGGAUACACCGUGCACAUUCCCGACGAGGUCCGCAACAACCCGCUCGAGACGUACACGCUCGGUCACGAGACGUACACGACCCACCGCGCCCUCCGCGAAGACUUUGCUGGCGGCAUGCGCAAAUCCCAAAUCUGCGUCUUUGACUCGUCGCUGGAGCGCAAGCUCAUCCGAAAGUACGCCCAGGCGUUCCUCUCCGGCUGUGUUGUUGCCGGCGACUUGCCCACGGAGCACGAAGAGGAGCUCGAGAAGUUUACCAUCAAGCUGGAGCCCGGCUGGAAGAUUGAACGGAUCCACUGGGAGCUGGAAAAGUACCUCGCGCAGCCCGAGAAGCUUCACCAGAUGGCCCUGGACGGGUUCGCGUACGCCCGCGAACACCUGACCGGCACGUCCAAGAUCACCGACAUGCUCCGUCUGGUCGACUCGCACCGAGCCGGUCACCGCGGCUAUGACCAAUCGUUUAGCUUUUCCAACCGCUGCAGGACAUACUGGGUGAACGCCCAGCGCCCUGGUUGGUGUGACGCGCAGGAGAGUUACCGUGGGCUGGAGGACCGAAUGUAUUAG